CAUGCCUCCCAAGUAUAAGUACUAACUCGCGUGGAAAGGCAAAGGAAAGUGUUGCUCUGUUCUUCUGCCUAAAACAUCAAGGGCCGACCAUGGAAGAGUAUUUGAAGCUCAUUCCUUCCAAUGCCUCGUUACUCUCCGCCUACUCAUCAAUCUCAACAUCGUGGGUGCUCUUCAAGACUGCUUAUAAUCAGGUCAUACCCAGACAGCUUCAAGAGUAUGCGGUCUCAAAAUUCAGGUCCUAUUUCCGUCGCAACCCAUCUUAUGCAACUUUCAUCAUCGAGGACCUGUGGUGUGGACUUGGCCGUAAUCAGCUUUACGAUGCUGCAAGAGCUUACUUAUCUACCAAGAUUGGACCCGACAAUCGUAAAAUCAAAAUUGGCAAGUUAGAACAGCACAAGAAUUUGUCUUCCGCCAUUGUAGAAGGAGGAAAGAUUGUUGAUUUAUUCCGUGACAUAACCAUUACCUGGUCAGUUAUCCAAGAAGAGCAAGCCACCACCACGGCCAAUACCAGGAUCAGCAAAGACGGUCCUCCGGUGAUGACUCACGCUCCUAGCAGAAGUGCUUAUCAGAUAACUUUCGACAACAAAUAUCGCGGAACUGUUGAGAAUUAUUAUUUGAACCAUGUUUUGGAUACUUACAAGGACUUAAUGCAAGGGGAAAAGGUCUUGAAGCUCUACACCCGGCUUGAUAAAUAUGAAGGUGAAAGAUGGAAGUGUGUUGAUUUUCGGCAUCCAGCCACUUUUGAUACCAUUGCAAUGGAUCUUGAAUUGAAGAAAGCAAUAAAGGAUGAUCUUGACAGGUUCUUGGCAAGAAAAGACUUCUACAAGAGAGUGGGAAAGGCUUGGAAACGUGGGUAUCUUCUGUAUGGUCCUCCUGGAACUGGGAAAUCAAGCCUAAUUGCGGCCAUGGCUAAUUACUUAAACUUUGAUAUUUAUGAUUUAGAGCUUUCCAGUAUUUGUUCUGAUGUUCAACUGAGAAAGGUGUUGCUAAGUACAACUAAUCGAUCAAUUCUCGUAGUUGAAGACAUAGAUUGUAAUUCAGAGGUGCAAGAUCGAUCCAAAAUUAUAAAAGAAGAACAACUUAACCCCAAGAAAUAUCCCAAGGCGUUCACACUGUCAACUCUGCUAAAUUGCAUUGAUGGAUUAUGGUCGAGCUCUGGAGAAGCAAGAAUCAUCGUGUUCACAACGAAUCACAAAGAAGUUUUGGACCCUGCAUUACUUCGUCCAGGGCGGAUGGAUAUGCACAUUCACAUGUCCUACUGCACUGCUCAAGGCUUCAGAGUGUUGGCAUUCAACUAUCUUGGAAUUGACGACCAUAAACUCUAUCAAGAAAUUGAUGGAUUACUAGAGCGUACAAAGGCUACCCCUGCUUCUUUAGCUGAGGAACUAAUGAAGAGUGAUGAUGUUGAUGUUGCUCUUGGAGAAGUAGUCAAUUUCCUGAAGCGGAAAAGGGGGGAGGAAGAUGAAAUUGAAGAGGAUACUAAAAGACAGAGGACUGCUUGAGAAGAAAUAUAUUAGAACGUAUUGGUUAGCUAUAUUAGAAUCAGAAUAUCAGCUCGCUAAUAGUCAGAACUUUGCAUUUCAGGUUCAAAGUAUGGCUUAGAUAUCUUAUAUCUACCUUUUGGUCAUGAUAUGGAACGACGUGCAAAAACUUUGCCUUAAUAAAUUAUAUUGUUGUAUCAA